CCAGUUCAGCUAUCGUUUUCCCACACAGAGACAAGCAAUGACUGAGCAGCUGCUGAAAAUCCUGAUUGUUGGUGAUGGAAAUGUUGGGAAGUCUUCUUUUGUGCUUCGCUACGUCAGUGGACAGUUCAACCGCUCAUACAAGAUGACUGUAGGAGUGGACUUCUCUGUGAAGGUGCUGCAGUGGUCAGACAGAGAAAAAGUCAGACUACAUCUGUGGGAUAUUGCAGGCCAGGAGCAUUUCAUAUCCAUGACUAGAAUCUAUUAUAAAGGUGCACUGGGCUGCAUUGUGAUGUUUGACGUCACCAACGAAUCCAGCUUCCUCAAAUGUCGCCAUUGGAAACAGGACCUGGAUAACAAGGUCAUGCUGCCCAAUGGAGACUCCAUCCCUUGCAUUUUGCUGGCCAACAAGUGUGACCUGGCUCAGAGAGUUGUGUCUUCAGACAGCAUUGACAAAUUCAGCAAGGCCAAUGGCUUCAUCACCUGGAUGGAGACGUCAGUCAAAGACAACAAGAAUGUUGGAGAAGCUAUGACGAGAUUGGUGCAGCAGAUUCUUUCCAUUCAGUCCAGUUUGUAUCCACUGAAUCUCAGACCUGAAGACAGUGUUAACCCUCAACAGGACUCAGAGAUCAACAGUAAUUCAGCAGGAGGCUGCUGCUGAAACACUGCUUCUGUAACUACAGAACCAAGCAAACACAGCCUCCCUUAUAUAUACAUAAUAAAGAUAACAGUUGAAGUUGCUGGGUUUUUUUUUUUUUUGGUUUUUUUUUUUCAGGUGACCACACUCCAGUUUAAUGGCAACAAUAAUUGAAGGCUGGUUGUGCCUGAAAACUUAAAGUUCACAUGUGGAUCUGCAUGAAUCUGAAGCACAAAGUCCUUUUUACAGAUAGACACUACAGCAGAAAAACCUUAUUUACACACCACAAGGACAUACAACUAUGAAGGUUUAUACCACUUGUUUGGCCUAUAGCUGGUGUCUCAGUGGCAAAAACUGGAAUAGUUAGAGGAAGUUUAUAAAAAAAAAAAUAAAGCUUUGAAAAACUAAGUGGACGUAAGAAAGGCCGAGGCACGGAGCAGUCCUCUUUGCUCUUUGCAAUUCUAUGCACAUUUUGAAUUAUUUUACAAGCAGAAAUGAAUAGAAAUAUAAUACAAAUAUAUCCAUAAUUUUACUUCAGUGUUUAUAUGCUUGCUUAAAAUGGCUUGUUUCUUGUUUUCUGAUGGAAGGCAGACGUAACUUACAUUACAGAGGCUGUAACUGUUUUGAAAGGAAGACAGAAUAUGUAUGGUAUCAAUCCCCAAAGGGAAAUUAAUGUGUGCUGUUGCAGUAUGAUCAUUAAUCAUUGAUUGUUUAUG